UGACAAUUUGGAGCCAUACUUUUCUCUUUCUUAUUCCAAAAAAGAAAAAUGGCCGGACCCUGCACAAUCAAAUUCCUUGACCAUAGCAAUGCUUCUCCACCGCCGGGCUCUGUGCCCAAUACCUCGCUUCCCCUCACUUUCUUUGACGUCCCAUGGCUUGUUUGCCGUCCCAUGCAACGCCUCUUCUUCUACGAAUUCCCUUACUCUACUCUCCAUUUCACGCAGACCAUCCUCCCCUCGCUCAGAGCAUCUCUUUCUCACGCUCUCCAAACCUUUUACCCUUUCGCUGCCAAACUCAUAUGCCCUCCCUCACCCCACAAGCCCUAUAUCCUGUACACAGAUGGUGAUUGCGUCUCUUUCACCGUUGCUGAGUCUUCCGCUGAUUUCGAUCGAACCGUAGCCUACCUUACUCGAGAUGUGAAGGAGCUACACCCUUUUGUCCCACAGCUGCAGCCCGCACGUCUGCUGAACAACACACGUGUUGUGCCUCUUCUGGCCGUGCAAGUCACAGUGUUUCCGAACUCGGGAAUAUGCAUUGGAGCGACGUUUUGCCAUGUGGCAGCAGAUGGAAGGUCAUUCAAUCAUUUCAUGAAAGCUUGGGCGUCCAUUUUGAGGUCCGGUGGCAACUCGGCAGCCUGUCUUGGGAAGUCAGUGCCGUUUUUGGACAGGAAUGUGAUCAGGGAAAAGGACUCUCGUGGGCUUGAGUCCAUUCUCAUGACUGAAUGGUGGAGUUGGGCUUCGGAUUGGGUGGAGGACAAGGUACCGGCCCACGGCAUUCUUGCAAACAAGGUUCGAGCCACAAUUGUAAUGGGCCGGGGUGACAUCGACAGGGUAAAACGUCGUGUCUUGAUUCGGUGCCCGAAGCAAAGUGAAUCGGAGCAGCUGCGCGCAUCAACAUUCGUGGUAUCAUGUGCUAUCGUGUGGACUUGUUUGAUAAAAGCCCAAGAGCUUUGCGGCAACAAAAAACAUGAAGAUGACGAAUGUCAUUACUUCUGCUUUGUGGCAGACUGUCGAAACCGCCCUGAAUUUGCAAUACCAGAUACAUACUUGGGCAACUGUCUAUCAAUAUGCUUUGUACGAAUGAAGAGGAGUGAACUGCUGGGAGAGAAUGGGGUGGUAGCGGCUACAAAAGCCAUUGGAAACAGAGUAUGGGAAUUUGAAAAAGGGGCAUUGAGAGAAGCAGAGAAGUGGUUAACUAAUUGGAAGGAAAUAUCUGAAACGGGUCAUCUUGUCACGGUCUCUGGCUCCCCCAAGUUGCGUGCUUACGAGACAGAUUUUGGGUGGGGAAAACCAAAGAAGACCGAAGUGGUUCAGAUUGAUGUUUCGGGAGCUAUAUAUCUUGGUGACAGUAGAGACGAGGAAGGAGGUAUUGAGAUCGGUUUGGCACUUAACAGGGAUGAAAUGGAGGCAUUCCACGGCUUCUUUGAACAAGGCUUGAAGACAAUUUAAUUAGUUUCCAGGCUCAUUCCAAUUUCAUGCGUACUUGAAAUUGUAUUAGACAUUAGAAUGAAAAUAUGGAAAUAAUUUACUUUGAUAUUAUUGUAAAUAGUUAGCCUUUUUGUGUAUAGUUUUGGUCUUUUCCUUUCUACUCUUCUAGAACAAUUUUA